AUGCAGAAAGGUAUUAGUGAAAACUUCACAAAAAAUCUUAAUUUUAAUAUUGAUGACGAGAAAUUUUAUGUUUUACCACAAUAAGGAGAAAUUAAUUUUAAAGGAAAUAUACAUGAAGAAGUAUUUACCUUUUUUUAUAUUAGGAAUUAUCAUAAAAUGAUAAUCUCUAAUAACCAUUAAAGAAUAUUGCAAAUGAACUUAUAGAAAAAACAAUAAAAAUAAGAUAAAGUUGGAUUCUAUAGAAACAGGCAUAUUAAUUUAAUUUACCACCUUCUUAUUUUAAAUAAAAAGUUAUUAUCCAAAGAAAUAAUGAUAAACAUCAAAUUUAAAAAGAAAUAAACUAAAAUGAUUUUAUUCCUUAUUUAGAAUUUAAUAAUCAAUAAUUAAAUUAAAUAAGACGUGAUGGUACUUUUGAUGUUUGUUCAAAGAAUAAUCCAAAUAUUAAAUACAAAUGGAUUAUUUCAAGAUGGAUUGUAAAAGGAACCAAGAAUAUUCGAAACUCUUUUUAUAAAGAUAUGUUAAAAGCUGAAGAUUGUUUAACAGGAUUAGUAGAUUUAAUUUAUAAUGAUACUAAUUUCAACAGUUUAUGGAAUUAUUCAAUUAUACAUGGCAUAUAUAUCAUUAUUAAAGUAAUAAAUAAUAAUAUAAAUUAGAAAUCAAUAUAGAUUCCAUCACUUUUCAUUGGAUAUAAAGAGGUGAUUAGAAAAGUUUCUAAAGAAUCAGCAUAACUUUAAGUAGAAAGAGAAAGGUAAUUAUCUUUAAGAAAUAAGAAUUUGAAUUUCUCAAUUUAUUAAUAUCUUCACCAUACUCCAGAGACUUAAUCUGCAGCUAAAUUCAAAAUUGAUUAUAUUAAGAAUCAACUAAAAUAUUUUGAAUAAGAUUGUUGGAAAAUAGCUGCACUUAUAAGUGAUUAAUAUAUCAAUCGAUAACAUUAAAAUAAUUAUGAAUAUAGAAAUUUAGAAGAAAAAUAUCAAAUUAAAUAUGAUUAAAAUAAAGAGAUUGACGAACUUAUAAAUGAAUAACUUAUAAAUGCUUAAAAAAGAUUUAUCUAAUAAAAUAGUUUGGAUAUGCCUGAAUCAGCUAUGAAAUAAUUAUUAGACAUUACUGAAUGUUAUUAAUUAUAAAGAUAUUAUAAAGAAUUAUUGAAAGUAUUUUUUUGAAUUAUAAUAGAAUUAACUUGCAGACUAUGAAAAUCAUAUGAUGGAAUAAUAUGAAAGAUAGUUUUUCUUUUUAAAUAAACCUGAACAUCGUAAAUAAUACCUUCUUAAAGCAUUAUAAAUUAAAAAGAAGAAUUUAAAAAAACAAUAUUACAAUUAAAUGAUUUAAGAAUUAGCCCAAAAGAAUAUUAUUGAUAGAAAUAUUUUUAUAGAAUUUAAGGAAAAUAAAAAAAAUUAUAUGAAUAGAGUAUAAGAAUAGAUAAAAAAGGUCAAUGAAUAAUCAACACCAAACAUUACUUUUAUCAUGUUUAUAUUAUGAAAUAAUUUUAGAGCUCGUUAUAUAUUUCCUCCUUAUCCCAUAAUUUAAGAAGGAAAUAAAUAUGUAUUAGUUUAGGAAGUGGAAUAUUAGGUAACAUCUUAAAAUUAUUGCUGGAAAUUAACUAGUUUUUGCUUAAUAUAUUUUACUUUAAUAUCUGAUAGUCUUUAUAUAUUUUAUCAAUAUGGAAUAAUGGGAUCUUUUGGACUUAAUGCUUUAUUCUCAAUAAAUCCAUUUUAUAAUGAUUAAAAAAUAAAUGAGUAAACUGGAGAAGUGUUAGAUGAUUAAUUAAUUUAAACAAUCUGCUCAACUUUAAAAUUAGUAUAUAAAGGUAUGAGAUAAUCAAGAAAGGAAUUUGAGGAAUCAGAAGAUUCUGGAAUGUUUGGUAAGGGUUGUCAAAGAAUUUUUAAUUUAUUGGAAGUCUAUAUUUUUCGAUUCUUAUUUGUUGGAGUAUUUUUCACAUUAAUUCUUUAACCAAUGUUAAUCUUAUUCUUUUCAGCAUUGUUAUUCUUUCUUUUCAUUACUUCUUUUGUAUGGGCUAUAUUUAUUGCACUUUUUAGGUAAUAUAUAUAUAUAAAUAUAAUAGAAUGAUGAUAUGUAUAUUAUUUUAUGAUUUUGAGACAGCAUUUAGAAUUGAAUUCAAUGAUUUAGAUUAUAUUCAUCAUAUAUUACCACUGUUCAGAGUUUUCUUUGAAAUUAUGAUAGGAAUGUUUGAAAUAAUAGUAUGUUUGAUUUUCUUGUUGAUUUUUCCUAUUUUAGCUAUGCUAAUAAUGUUAUUUGGAAUUAUUAGAUAUAUAAUUCGUUCUAUGUAUGAUUGCUUUAUGAUGACAGUAUAUAUAUAAAAUUAUAAUUAAUAGUUUGUAUAUUGUUGUGGAAGAGUACCUCGUCGUUCUGGAUGUUUAGUAUGGAGAUUUGGAGGAGAUUACGGUUAGAAAAAAAUUGUCUAUAAUUAUCAUAAAGUAUAAUAAUAUUCUUAAAUUUUAUAUUAGUUAACAAAUGAAGAAUUCUAACUAUUAGCAGCUAAGGAAAUAGAAAAUUAUAUAUUUGAAGAAUAUCAAAAUAGAUUAAAGAUAAAUAUUUAAAAACCAGAAAAAGAAAUAAAUAAAAAUUUGUAGCCUUUUUUCAAUCAUUUCAAUGCUAUAUAUUAAAUAGAAGAUAAAAAUGCAAAACUUCUUUAAGAUUAACUUUUUGCAAAAGUUGCUAAUUAAACAUAAUAUUAACCUGUUUUAGAUACAGAAACAAAAAAAUAUAUUAAAUUUACAGAAAAUGAACUUUUUGAGAUUAAACAUUAUUUGAAGAUAUUUUUAAUUGAAUAAAUCAAUUUAAAAAACAUGCAUUCUUUUAUUUGGAAAAGGACUAAUUUAUAAAUAGGACAAUAUUCAGAAUUUGUUGAUAUUAUUUUAACUUCAAUAUUUGGUAAUGAAAUUUUAAUACCAAAUAAAGAAAUAAUUCAAGAGGUGUAGAUUGUAAUUAAUUUAUUAAUUCUAAUUAGAAAGUAGAUAAAGAAAAAGGAUUAGGUAAAUAAAUAGAAAGAGCAAUGAAUGGAGAAGUUAAUUUAAAUAGACCUGAUUAAUUUGUUUUAGAAUAAAAACAUGAUAUAAAGAAAUAAAUAACAAAGAAAGUUUAUAAAAUAUAUAUCCCAAUUUCAGAAGUAAAUUAAUAAUUUUAUAAUUAUAGAUACUUGAUAAAAUAUGGUUGGCUUAAUAACCAUCAUAAGAAUGGAGUUCAUUAAGCAAUAAGGAUUUAAGAUUUUUAUUAAAUUAUUCUUUAAAAAAUGAAUGA